AUGAAUUACUGGGCAGUGGAUGAGGGCAAGAAGAAGAACCGCAAGCCUCCAUGGAAUACCGGCGGCCACUACUAUGAGCAGCACAGCGUCGUCGCCCGCGUGCGGAGCGUGGUGAGAAGCGCGAAGAUCCGGCAGCAGCUGCUGGCCGAGGGCAAGGAGCCCGGCGUCAUUGUGAAGCGCGACAAGGAGCAGGAGAUGAAGUUCUGGCGGGGCAUCUUCGACAAGUACGACCUGGACAGCUCGGGAAACCUGGACUUCCAGGAGAUCACCGAGGUGGUGCGCAGCGAUCUGAAGAUCGCCGACAGGACCAUCUCCAGAGUCGAGCUCAGGGACUUCUACACAGCCCUGGAUCAGAACGGCGACCAGGUGGUCGACUGGCAUGAGUGGCUGGACUUUGUGUCCCAGGGGAAGCUCCGGGACAAUCGGCCCAUCGACCAGGUGAUGAGCGAGGUGGGCCGCGCGGUGCGUCUGGCCUUGCGGCGCCUGGGGCUGAAGCCGAGCCAGGUGGAGGAUCACAUCCGCGGCUUGCCGGAGGCGGCGACCGCGGCCAUCGAUCAGCCCGCCUUCUUUCGCCUCAUGCGGAGGGGUAUGGGCAUCAGCAGACACGAUGCCCCGGACGACAAUCUCAAGCGCACCUUUGUCAGCAUCACGUCUGGCACAACCCAUUUGGCACUGCAAGACUUCAUCGAGUUUCUGACGAUCUCCUGCCUGGCGAAGACCAACAAGGAGAUCGGUGUCGGGAGCACCUUCCCGGGGCUCAUCGGCGGCAUGCAGGGCCAAUUGCCGGCGCGUUUGCCCAUCAGUCGCCCUGGCACAUUCCCCUAUGGGGGUACCGUGAGCGGGCCAACGAAUGGGCCUUUCGCCCUGAACGGCCGGCAGCUGCCGCCGGCGUCGAGGAUGUCCGUGGGCAUGAAGGCCCAUGAGCGCGUGCGGACCUUUCUGCGCCCGACCAUCUCCUGCCCGGACUUGCACAAUCCCGGCAAGGACGCGAAUCUCUCCGAGCGCACCUUGGCUGCCCUCGAGGCUGUCACUGAGAGGUCCGAGGAGCUAGACGAGGCCCAAGCGCCGCCGCCCUCGCCCAUGUCGCCCGCGGCAGGGUCGCCGCGCACCCACCGCGGAGGCAAGCCGGCGCUGGAUCUCAAGGCAGCCGAGGAGGAGGUGGCCACCCAACUCUCGAGCAACCCGCUGCCCAAGGUGAUGCGCUCGAAGACCUUUGAAGCGGCCGUUGAUGCUGCCAACGCCGUGAAGGACAAGGCGACUUCGGACCCUUUCGCGGUGUUCCUGAAGGUGAAUGCGCAGACGGAGGCAGCGAACAAGAAAAAAGACGAGGAGCUCAAGAAAAAGCCAAGGAGGCCGGCUCCCAUGGUCAGUCCGAUUCCGGAGACCUACCGGGUGAUGGUGGGCAAGGAUGCCUUGAACCGCGUGGAGCAGCGGCUCUUUGAGGCCGGCCUGGACGUGCGCGGCGGCUUCCACCGCUCCAAGGGGCGGCUGUGA